CUUUGCAUUCAGUGCUUUCAGUUUCACAUUACUUCAAAUUCAAGGUCUUUGGGAAAUCCAGAAAGCCUCAUGACACCAGAGAGGUGAAAGACAAGUAACAGAAACCACUCCAACCACUCCAACCUAAACUGAGGAGCAAAAACAGACAAGGUUGCACCCUGAACAUGGACUCAGAGACCCACAUGCCGGACCCAGUGUGCCUCAUUGAGAACACUAACGGGAAACUAGUAGCUAAUCCGGAAGCUUUGAAGAUCCUGUCUGCCAUUACCCAGCCUCUUGUCGUGGUGGCCAUUGUGGGUCUCUACCGCACAGGCAAAUCCUACCUGAUGAACAAGCUGGCUGGGAAGAGAAAGGGCUUCUCUCUGGGCUCCACGGUGCAGUCUCACACCAAGGGAAUCUGGAUGUGGUGUGUGCCUCAUCCUGAGACGGCAGACCACACCCUCGUUCUGCUUGACACUGAGGGCCUGGGAGAUGUAGAGAAGGGUGACAACCAGAAUGACUCCUGGAUCUUUGCCCUGGCAAUACUGCUGAGCAGCACCUUUGUCUACAACAGCAUGGGGACCAUCAACCAGCAGGCCAUGGACCAGCUGCACUAUGUGACAGAGCUAACAGAUCGAAUACGGGCAAAUUCUUCAUCUGAUGCAAAUGAGGUUGAGGAUUCUGCUGAUUUUGUGAGCUUCUUUCCAGAUUUUGUGUGGACACUGAGGGAUUUUUCCCUAAACUUGGAAGCAAAUGGACAACCCAUCACAGCAGAUGAGUACCUGGAGAAUUCAUUAAAACUUAAGAAAGUUACCAGUCAAAAGGAUACAAAUUUUAAUCUCCCUCGACUCUGUAUCCGGAAGUUCUUCCCAGAGAAGAAAUGCUUUAUCUUUGACCGGCCCACUCACCGGAAGAAGCUAGACCAGCUUGAGACACUACAUGAUAAUGAGCUGGAGUCCGAAUUCGUGCAACAAGCUACAGACUUCUGCUCCUACAUCUUCAACAAUUCCAAAGUUAAAACGCUUCCAGGAGACAUCAAGGUCAAUGGACCUCGACUGGAGAAGCUGGUGCUGACCUACAUCAAUGCCAUCGGCAGUGGGGAUCUGCCCUGCAUGGAGAACGCAGUCCUGGCCUUGGCCCAGAUAGAGAACUCAGCUGCAGUGAAAAAGGCCAUUGCCCACUAUGACCAGGAGAUGGCCCAGAAGGUGCAGCUGCCCACGGAAACCCUCCAGGAGCUGCUGGACCUGCACAGGGCCACUGAGAAAGAGGCCAUCGAAGUCUUCAUCAAGAACUCAUUCAAGGAUGUGGACCAUUUAUUCCAAAAGGAAUUAGCGACUGAGCUAGAAAAAAAGCAAGAAGACUUUUGUAAACAGAAUAUGAAAGCAUCAUCAGAUCGUUGCUCAGCUUUACUUAAGGAUAUCUUCGAUCCUCUGGAAGAAAACAUAAAACAGGGGAUUUAUUCUAAACCAGGAGGAUAUCAUCUUUUUAUCCAGAAGAUGCAGGAGCUAAAGAAAAAAUACCUUCAGGAACCCAGGAAGGGAAUACAGAGUGAAGAAAUUCUUCAAGCAUACUUGGAAUCCAAGGAGGCUGUGACUGAAACAAUUCUACAGACAGACCAGACUCUCACAGAGAAGGAAAAGGAGAUUGAAGAGCAACGUAUGAAAGCUGAAUCUGCAGAGGCUGCAAAAAAAAUGUUGGAGGAGAUGCAGAUAAAGGAUCAGCAGAUCAUGGAGCAGAAAGAAAAGAGUUAUCAGGAACAUGUGAAACAACUGACCGAGAAGAUGGAGAAGGACAGGGCCCAGUUAAUGGCAGAACAAGAGAGAGCUCUCACUCUUAAACUUCAGGAACAAACCCAGUUACUGAAGGAAGGAUUCAAACAGGAGAGUGAUCAACUCCGUAAAGAAGUAGAGAAUCUCCGGAAUAACAUGAGAAGAAGAAAGAGAUGUAUCCUAAGCUGAAGACAAGCCUCAGCACCUGUCUACUCAAGUCAUAUUUGUUCAAUGUAAGAAAAAGAAAAGUAGCAGCUGGCAUUGGGAACUGAAUGGCACCCUUAUGGCUGGUGUUGUUAGAAACUAGCUAUGGCGUGUCCCUGUAAAACAUAACCUCACACGAUCCCUGCAUCGGACAAAGUCACCCUGUGAUCCUGAUGGAGUGAGACAACAGACAAGAUCACUUCAUAAUCUCGCCUAAACACAGAUAAAAACAAGGUCACUCUGCAACUGCAAAAAUACCAAACUUCCUCCUCUCCCAGAUAGUAAAACUGUUGCUUUUUUACCAAUUACAGAUUUCGUCUUGCAAUUCUCCCUCCUUCUUCCUCAUAAGCUGUAUUAUGAUACCCAAUCUUACAAGUACCCCACAUCCUGACAGCACCCAAAACAGACUGAAUCUUUGUUUCCUUGAAUCCCACCCCCCGAAUCACCCAAAUCCUUUAAGUCCUUCUAAUACCGUCAUUAAAAUGACCCACAUUUGCCCAAGGUGUGCGUUCUCCCUCAUUGCAAGUACAAAUAAACCCAACUU